AUGGCCGACAACGCAGAGGGCACCGCCGAUGCCCAGGUCACCUUCAAGGUGAAGACGGGCCAGGAUAGCAACCAUACUAUCACCAUGUCUGAAUCUGCCUCCGUACUCGACCUCAAGACCAAAUUGGCCGGCGAAGAUUUCGAGAACGUUCCCGUCGAGCGCCAGCGUCUUAUCUACUCUGGUCGCGUAAUGAAGAACGACGACACACUCGCCACCUACAAGAUCAAGCCCAACAACACCAUCCACAUGGUCAAGAGCGCAGCCAGCAACCCAGCUCCUCAGCCCGCAACUUCAGCCUCCACGCCUGCCGCACCCGCCGUGCCCUCCAACAUGGCCGCUGGCACUGCCAACAACAUUCUCGCUGGCCUCACCGGAGCCAGAUACGCCGGACACAUCAACCUGCCCAGUCGCGAGACGUUUGGAGCUGACGGAGGAAUGGGUGCCCCGCCAUCCGACGACCAGUUGGCCCAGAUGCUCUCCGAUCCCUCCAUGCUCCAGACCAUGAACGCCGCCCUCGACAACCCCGACUUCAUCAACUACAUGAUCCAGAGCAACCCACACCUGCGCAAUGUCCCCAACGCACGAGAGAUCAUCCAGUCGCCAUUCAUGCGCCAGAUGAUGACCAACCCAGACAUGCUUCGCAAUGUCAUGAGAAUGCAGCGCAACAUGGCCGGCGGAGGCGGCAACGCUGCCUUCCCUGCGCCUGGCGCCACCGACACUACUCCUGCCGAAGCUGCGGCUGCCGGCGGCAACACGGGUCAGCCCCCCAACCCGUUCGGCUUCCCCGCAGGUUUCCCAGGCUUUGGUGGCGGCGCUGGUGGAAUGGGCAUGGAGGGACUCGGUGAUCUCAGUGCGCUCUUUGGCCCUGGUAGUCCGUUUGCGCCUCAGCAACCCGGUGCUCAAGGUGCAGCUCCCGGUGCGGGAGCGGCGACUGGCGAUAGUGCCCAGACUACAGCUGGUGCCGGAGCUACUGGGACGACAGGCACGGCAGCGGGUGGACAGGGCGCAAACUCUACAACGAGUCCACCUCCGGCCAACCCCUUUGCUGCUCUGUUCGCCCCUCCUCCUUACGCAGCUCAGGGUCAAGGCCAAGGCCAGGCACCCGCAAACCCCUUUGGCGCCUCGCCCUUUGGUCAGAUCAACCCAGAGAUGAUGCAGCAGAUGAUGAGCAUGUGGGGUCUCGGUGCAGGCGGCGGUGCUGGUGGAGGCUCUCCGGCUCCCCCAGACAACCGUCCCCCCGAGGAGCGUUAUGCCGAGCAACUGCGCCAGCUCAACGAUAUGGGCUUUUUCGACUUUGAUAGGAACGUAGCCGCUCUGCGUCGUAGCGGUGGCAGCGUGCAAGGCGCGAUUGAGCAUCUUCUGAGUGGUUGA